GGAAAACAUGGCGGAACGGUUGGGGAAGCGGCCCUGUGGUCCGGGUGAACAUGGUCAAAGGAUUGAGUGGCGGAAAUGGAAAAAACAAAAAAAAGAAGAGAAAAAGAAAUGGAAGGACCUCAAAAUGAUUAAAAAACUUGAGCGGCAGCGGGCACAGGAGGAACAGGCAAAACAACAGGAGGAGGAGGAGGCAGCUCUGCAGAGGGAAGACCAGGGACGGUCGUAUACCUUGAGCGUGGCCCUGCCGGGCUCCAUCCUAGACAACGCCCAGUCACCUGAGCUUCGCACCUACCUGGCUGGCCAGAUUGCUAGAGCCUGCGCCAUCUUCUGUGUGGAUGAGAUUGUGGUGUUUGACGAAGAAGGCCAAGAUACCAAGACUGUGGAAGGGGACUUCAUGGGAGUCGGCAAGAAGGGGCAGGCGUGUGUACAGCUGGCCCGAAUCCUGCAAUACCUGGAGUGCCCACAGUACCUGAGGAAGGCAUUCUUCCCCAAGCACCAGGAUUUACAGUUUGCAGGGCUACUGAACCCCUUGGACAGUCCUCACCACAUGCGGCAAGAUGAGGAAUCCCAGUUCCGAGAGGGCAUUGUGCUAGAUCGGCCCACCCGGGCAGGCCAUGGUUCCUUUGUCAACUGCGGCAUGAAAAAGGAGGUGAAGAUUGAUAAGAACUUGGAGCCUGGACUCCGAGUGACCGUGCGACUGAACCAGAAGCAGCUCCCAGAAAGCAAGACCUACCGUGGAAGAGUUGUAUCAUCACAGGACCCUCGUACCAAAGCCGGUCUCUACUGGGGCUACACUGUCCGGCUGGCUUCCUGCCUCAGUGCUGUGUUUGCUGAGGCCCCCUUCAAGGAUGGCUAUGACCUGACCAUUGGGACAUCAGAGCGAGGCACAGAUGUGGCCUCUGCCCAGCUCCCUGGCUUCAGGCAUGCCCUCGUGGUGUUUGGGGGCCUCCAGGGGCUAGAAGCUGGAGUGGAUGCUGACCCCAACCUAGAAGUAGCUGAACCCAGUGUCCUCUUCGACCUGUACGUCAAUACCUGCCCAAGCCAGGGCAGCCGUACUAUCCGCACUGAGGAAGCCAUUCUGAUCUCCCUGGCUGCUCUGCAGCCCAGCCUCACCCAGGCAGGAGCCCAGCCUAGCUGA